AUGCAUUUUCCCCGCAUUGCGGUAGGCAUAGUCAGUGUCCUCGGACACUUGGCUACUGCUUCGCCUGUCAAUGAAGUUGCUGAACGCUCUACUGCAUCGCUGGAUUUCUACUUCCUUAAGGAGGGACUGUUCUCCUACAAGAGCAUUUUGAAAGCCCUUGGAAACACUGGCAGCAAUGCUCCUGGCACAGCAGCGGGGUUGUUCAUUGCAAGCCCUAACACAGAGAACCCAGACUACUUCUUUACCUGGACUCGUGACUCUGCAUUGACUUUCAAAGGCCUCGUCGAUAUCUUCGUUGAGAGCAACAAUGUCCUCGGGGUCGAUUUCAACGCCCUUGAAAGCCACAUUCAGGACUAUAUCUCUUCCCAGGCAGUCUUGCAGAACGUGUCCAACCCAUCUGGCAGGCUUUCUGGUGGGUCUGGGCUCGGCGAGCCCAAGUUCGAGGUCAAUUUCAACCCGUACUCUGGCGGAUGGGGCCGUCCACAGCGCGAUGGACCUGCUCUUCGUGCCAUUGCCAUGUUGACCUACAUGCGCCAUCUGAUUCAGCACGGAAAACAAUCUGUGGCCUCCGACCUGAUCUGGCCCGUUGUUGUCAAUGAUCUCGCCUAUGUCGCUCAGUACUGGAAUAACACCGGAUUCGAUCUGUGGGAAGAAGUUGACGGCUCCUCCUUCUUUACAACUGCCGUGCAGCACCGAGCUAUGGUUGAAGGUAGUGCGGUGGCUCAGGCUCUUGGAAAGUCCCAUGCGGCUUAUGACUUCGUCGCUCCACAGAUUCUCUGCUUCCUGCAGAGUUAUUGGAACGGGAGCGCUAUUGUCUCGAACAUCAAUGUCAACGAUGGCCGUUCGGGCAUCGAUCUCAACUCGAUCCUGACCAGCAUUCAUACUUUUGACCCUGCGGCGGGUUGCGAUGAUUCGACCUUCCAGCCCUGCUCAUCCAACGCUUUGGCAAAUCAUAAGGUCUAUGUGGAUGCUUUCCGCUCUAUCUACGGUGUCAAUGCGGGUCUUGGCCCUGGAAAGGCUGCAAAUGUCGGUCGUUACCCUGAGGAUGUUUAUCAGGGAGGAAACCCGUGGUACCUUGCGACCCUUGCGGCAGCCGAGCAGCUGUACGAUGCCCUCUACCAGUGGCAAAAGCAAGGUUACCUGACCAUCACGCAAACCUCUCUCGCCUUCUUCCGUGACUUCUCGUCGAGCGUUGAGCCAGGCACUUACAAGUCCAACACCCCCACCUACAAAUCCCUGACCCAGUCCAUCCGCACCUACGCUGAUGGCUUUGUCCUCCUUGUCGAGAAAUACACCCCAGGCAACGGCUCCUUGGCUGAGCAGUAUGACCGCAACACCGGCGUUCCUCUCUCCGCCAACGAUCUCACCUGGUCAUUCGCAGCCUUCCUCUCCGCCCUGCAGCGCCGCCUCUCCAUCGUGCCCGGCUCCUGGGGCUCCUCCUCUGCGAACACGGUUCCCACCGCCUGCAGUACAACCACCGUGACAGGCACCUACAGCGCCGUGGCACCUCCCUUCCCUACCUCCACAGCUCAUUGCGUCCCCGCUGUGACCGUUCCCGUCACCUUCUGGUUCAUCAAGAAUACCUACUGGGGCGAGAAUGUGUACAUGACCGGUAACGUCAGCGCUCUCGGCAACUGGAACACCAGCGCUGGGUAUGGUCUGAAUGCUGGUCUAUACACCUCCAAUGAGAAUCUUUGGUUCGCCACGGUGGAGGGACUCGAGCCGGGUGUUACCUUUGAGUACAAGUUCUACAAGACUGAGCCUGAUAACUCUGUGACGUGGGAGGGUGGAAACAACAGGGUGUAUACGGUUCCUACGGGAUGUCCUUUGGCGCCGCAGGUCAGUGCUGUCUGGCAGUCUUAG